AUGGAAAACAGAUUCGUCGAUACAAGUGAUACUCUAUAUGGAGACGAAAGUACCAGUCCGAUCUACGGUUAUCAAGACCAAGUUAUCACAACAUUGGAAGAAGCUAUUCAAGGCAUCAGACACGAAAUCCUUCGAAUUGAUGAUUACGUAACGCAAGCAAAGCAAAAAUACAAGAGACCCUGUCUAUUAACAGAGGAUGAGUUUGCAACCAUCUAUCUUUAUACAAUGACCGGCUCAGGCUUUUCCUCAAGGCUAAACGGUCGUCUUCGAGCCAUGGACAAAGAACCGUUAAAACCAUGGUUUCCAUACUUAAAGUUCUUCAUCACGGCUCUCAAUAAGUUACCUUCGUUCAAAGGUAUCGUGUGGCGUGGUAGGUCGCAGAUAAUUGAUGCUAAUUCUGAUGAUAAGUACGAAACUUGGUGGGGAGUAACUUCGACUUCGAAAGAUCUCAAAGUUGUCGAACCUUAUCUUGGAGAAACUGGUACUAUUUAUGCUAUUGAAGUCAUAAAUGGAAAAGAUAUUUCGCAAUAUUCAGCUGUUCUUAACUACGAACAUGAAAUUAUCCUUAUGCCAGGUACACGAGUGCACCGUAAAAGUGAACCAGUUGAAAUCGACAACAAACCGUUCAUAUACUCGUUCGAAGAAUGUACAAAUAUUCCACAAGGCAAACAUGUCAUGUUGUCUUAUGAGAACAAUGACAAAGCUGUUGUUUUGCAAAUAUAUCAAUAUCUGCAUAAUAGGUCGAUACCAGUUUGGUUCGACGAAAAUAGAUCGAAUAAUAAUAUUUAUGACAGCCUUGCAAUUGGAGUAGAAAAUGCAGCAUUCAUCGUAUGUUUUCUCAGUCCGGAAUACGAAAGCUCAGCGCGCUCUCAAAUAGAACUCCAAUAUGCGCAAAAGCGUCAUAAGAAGAUCAUUCCAUGUCUAACUAAAACGGAAGAAACUUGGAGAUCGAUUCGUUGGCUGAGUCUUAUUCUGGAGGGAGUGAAACAAGAAGAUUUUCGGCAUUUCUCACCGUCGGAUGAUAUUGAUUCUGAAAUGGAUUAUUUAUUGUGGACACUUCGAAAGAUGGUAUAUGUACCGGAAGAAAAUUCAGAACGACUCAACAUUCGAUUCGAACUGAUUAAAUAUGAAUAUUUAUGCAACAGUAAAAUAGAACGAUUCAUGAAUCCAGCGGUAACUUUUCCAAUCGACCAGAGUUAUAUCAAUUUGGCCAUCGUAGAAACCAAAGAAACUCGGGAGAAAGAGGGGAAACUUAAAGAAACUCAAAACAUUGGAACAAUUAUUGACACGUACGAAGAUAUAUAUGGCAGUAAGACUCCAAUUAAGGUUAAAGAUAUUUUCGAAAAAUGCAAAGAUCAGAAUAAACGCAUAUUAAUUUUUGGUCGCGCUGGUAUUGGAAAGUCAACAUUUUGUCGAUAUGCUGCCUAUCAAUGGGCAACCGGUGCAAUUUGGUCAGAAUAUGAACUGGUUGUGCUCGUUCCUUUACGAUCUCUAACAGGACCAAAGUAUAACGCUAACAAAGAGUAUAAUCUCGUGGACAUCUUGAUAAAUCAAUAUUUUUUCGAUCGAUCUCUAUCAGUUGAGGAGAAGAAUACGUUAGAAAAUAAGAUUCACACAGGUCGAAUCCUGUGGCUACUCGAUGGUUACGAUGAAAUAGUACAGGAAACAUCUUCACAUCUGCAAAACUUACUCGAACAGCUGCUCAAAACUCCACAUCAUAUCGUUACAUCUCGUCCAUAUAUGAAUACUUUAUCGUACUUCGUGCACAUGGAAAUCACAGGUUUCACAGAAGAAAACAUCAAUAACUACAUCAAGUUGUUCUUCAAUCAGUUAGGAAACGCAUCAAACCAAGGUGACAACUUACUAAACUUUCUCAGAUCGAAACCCAGGAUUUGGGGCAUCGCACAUAUUCCCAUCAAUCUCGAGCUCAUUUGCAGCACUUGGAGCAAUAUUGAUUGGACACAAACAAAAACAGUAACGAUUACAGUACUAUAUGAUAGAUUGACCGAAUGGAUCUGCCGUCGAUACCUCGAGAAACAAAAAAAGGUGUCACCAAUCGAAACUAAUCGAAUGGAUAAAACAGAUAUUUAUGACGAAUGUCGUAAGGAGUUGGCGUUCUUGGAGAAUCUCGCCUUCCUAGGAAUGGAAAACAAUGUCAUUCUUCUAGGUCCACAAUUACUAAAAGAGGCCCAAAAAGAGAGCGGAUGCAAGUUAAAAGACUGUCCAGACUUAUUCAAUGUUGGGUUACUAAAAUCAUACGACUCAAAUUCAGGUGGCAUUGGAAUACGAAUCACAGCAGAUAAGCACUAUUACUUCGUUCAUCUCAGCUUUCAAGAACACUUUGCCGCUCGUUACUUAGCCAAUGCGCUUUCCAAUAAUACACGCGACCAAGCAAAGCAAUUCAUACGCGAACACAAAUAUAAUCAACGAUACCAAUUACUCUUCAUAUUUUUAUCCGGUUUAAUAAACGAGGACCAAGAAACGAAAUGCAAUCGAGCAUUUUGGGACGCUGUACUCAAUGAACCUUUGGAUAUCAUCGGCGCGCGACACGUGGCGCUUGUAACUCAGUGUCUAGAUGAAACAGGACUACCUGAAACAUUCCCUGAGUCCCAACAAUUCCUCGAAAAGAUCACACAAUGGCUCGAAUACGCUUUAAGCAGUGGAUCGCACUAUUUAUCCGAACUUUUCGAACGGACACUUACUACAUGUAAUGCAAUUUGCAACGAACCACAAGUACAACAAACAAUAGUCCGGCUACUAAACAAUCAACUACUCAUCAAUCCAAACAUGGUAUUGUCAUUCAUAUCAAAAAUUCCACUUACCAACCCCAUCGAACCGCUCCUACUAGCACUACGCGAGGCACUGAGGAACGACGAUGAUUCCGUGAGAAGAACUGCAUGUUACGCACUUGGUCGUAUGGGUGACAAAGCAGCCACGAAGGAAGUGACCGAUGGACUUCUCGAAGCACUGAGGAGCGACGAUAAAUCCGUGACAAGUAGUGCAUGUGACGCACUUCUUCGUAUGAGCAAAGAAGCAGCCACGAAGGAUGUAAUCGAUGGACUUGUCGAGGCACUCAUGAGCGACAGUUAUUACGUGAGAAGUAGUGCAUGUUACGCACUUGGUGUUAUGGGUGAAAAAGGAGCGACGAAAGAAGUGAUCGAUGGCCUUAUCGAGGCACUCAGGAGCGACAGUUAUUCCGUGAGAAGUAGGGCAUGUGAGGCACUUCGUCGUAUGGAUGAAAAAGCAGCCACGAAGGAAGUGAUCGAUGGACUUGUCGAGGCACUCAGGAGCGACAGUUAUUCCGUGCGGGGUAGGGCAUGUGACGCACUUGGUUAUAUGCGUGAAAAAGCAGCCACGAAGGAAGUGAUCGAUGCACUUGUGAAGGCACUCAUGAGCGACAAUGAUUCCGUGAGAAGUGGUGUAUGUGACGCACUUGGUCGUAUGAGUGAAAAAGCAGCGACGAAGGAAGUGAUCGAUGGACUUGUCGAGGCACUCAGGAGCGAUGAUAAUUCCGUGAGAAGUAGUGCAUGUGUCGCACUUGGUCGUAUGGGUGAAAAAGCAGCGACGAAUGAAGUGAUCGAUGGACUUGUCGAGGCGCUCAGGAGCGACAAUUAUUCUGUGAGGACUAGGGCACGGGUAGCACUUGUUCGUAUUGGUGAAAAAGCAGCGACGAAUGAAGUGAUCAAUGGACUUGUCGAGGCGCUCGGGAGCGACAAUUAUUCCGUGAGAAGUAGUACAUGUGAGGCACUUAGUCGUAUGGGUGACAAAGCAGCAACGAAGGAAGUGAUCGAUGGACUUGUCGAGGCACUGAAAAGCGACGAUGAUUCCAUGAGAAGAAGAGCAUGUGAGGCACUUCUUGGUAUGGGUGAAAAAGCAGCGACGAAGGAAGUGAUCGAUGGACUUGUCGAGGCACUGAAAAGCGACAAUGAUUCUGUGAGAAGAAAAGCAUGUUACGCACUUGGUCAUAUGGGUGAAGAAGCAGCGACGAAGGAAGUCAUCGAUGGACUUGUCGAGGCACUGAAAAGCGACAAUGAUUCCGUGAGAAGUGCGGCAUGUUACGCACUUGGUCAUAUGGGUGAAAAAGCCGCCACGAAGGAAGUGAUCGAUGGCCUUCUCGAGGCAUUCAGAAGCGACGAUAAUUCCGGGAGAAGUAGGGCAUGGGACGCACUUGGCCGUAUGGGAGGAAAAGCAGCCACGAAGGAAGUGAUUAUUAGUUUGGACUGUGCUUUGGAAUGUGAAUGGAGUAAAAAGCAGGAGUCAUCGACUGCUUAUAUGUUGAUGUCGGAGGAUCAAGUAAGAGAUUAUCUCAGUUUGAUGUCUGCGUUAGGAGUGUUUUGGGAUCUAGAAUUGAAAUCUGGUGAGUGGGGAAAGAUCGCUAGGCAAUGUGUUCAGCGGAAAUUGAUAUCACCAGGUAGACUUGUGAAGGUUUGUAUGGAGAGAGGGGAGCAGAUGUUUUUGCGUGGUGCUAUCUAUGCAUGUGUUGUCACUGAAACUGCGCUCGCUAUUCAUGGUAGUAGCUUGUGUGUUUAUGAUAGGGAAGGUAUGAGGAAAGUAUGUAUUCCGCCGGGUAGUGAGAAUUUGUUGGAUGAACUUCGAAAGGGUGUGUGCCGAGCGAUCGACUGGCUUGAUUUGAAAAUUUACAUAGAUUGGAAUAGACCGUGA